UUAGAAAAACCAACACUAGUGUCAAUAUCAGUAACAAAAGUACUAGAACGAUAAUUAUCAAUCCUGGUUAUGAUUAUCCAACUGUGAAGCAACCAUGAAAAAACUCUGAAAGAAGCCAGGAAAGAAAAAACCCAUUUACUCGUUUUGUUAAAUUUGAUACAUUAUCUUGUGGUGCCAAACCCAGAAGAACAAAAUCAUGCCUUCAAGGGCACUCUCUCCAGGCUUCAAUCCUACAAGACAACCCAGGAUCAUAUCCAAGACCAGGAUCUUGUUUUUGGGUCUCACAAUUUCUGCAUCUGCAGUAAUUAUCUUCACAAUUCUUUACUUUCUUUACUAUCUCUGGUGUUCCCUUGUAAAUCGCUCAAAGACUAUUCCUUUUGACUCUUGUGCGCCACUGAAGCUCCAGAGGUUCUCGUAUAGAGAACUAAAGAAUGCCACAGAUGAUUUUGAUGAUGCGAACAUUAUAGGCAAAGGUGGGUCUGGAACAGUGUUUCGUGGCAUUAUAAGAGAUAGUAAAUUACUUGCUAUCAAGAGACUCGACUCUCUGUCUUUGGAGACAGAGAGAGAGUUUCAAAGUGAGUUGCAGAUUCUUGGUGGUCUAAGGUCUCCUUUCUUGGUAACCCUAUUGGGGUAUUGUGUUGAAAGGGGCAAGAGAUUGCUUGUGUAUGAAUAUAUGCCAAAUAAAAGUUUGCAAGAGAUGCUAUUUGGAGAUGGACAUUUGGGUUUUUCUUGGGAGAGAAGAUUUGACAUAAUUCUUGAUGUUGCUAAAGCUCUAGAGUUUCUGCAUUGUGGAUGUGACCCUCCUGUGAUUCAUGGAGAUAUUAAGCCAAGUAAUGUUUUGCUCGAUUCGGAUUUUCGAGCAAAGGUUUCUGAUUUCGGGUUGUCAAGGAUUAAGGUUGAGGGUGAGUUUGGGGUGGAUUUGUUUAGCCAAGAUCUGGGGAGGAGUCAGGAGCUAUGGAAGAGCCAAGAGCUGUCAGGGAACUUGGGAGGAACUGGUGUGGAGACUCCUGCAAUUAGUACACCUGUUGAAGAUAAUACUGAGGUAGAUUUUGCUCUUGCUUUACAAGCUUCAUCUUCCUCCAAAAAUAGUAAGGUAAGUCACAAUGUUAGAGCUUUGAACUUGAAUUCAUUAAACUAUAAUGCCAAUAUGGUAACUGAGAGUAGUGAUGUUAAGGUUUUGAGUGGUAAGGGGAAAGAAGUUUCAAACAUGGAUAUUGGUGGGGAUGAUUGGAAUUGUAAGUUUGUGCCUUAUGAUGAUGAGUUCUGCAGUGUUGAACAUAGUAAGGAAUUGAAUAGGAAUGCUUGUUCUGUUGUUGACGAUGUGGAGGAUACAAAACAAUGGGGGAAAGAUUGGUGGUGGAGACAGGAUGGGAGUGCUGAAUUGUGUAGUAAAGAUUAUGUCAUGGAAUGGAUAGGAAGCCAAAUUUGUCCUUCAACGAAUCCCGAUUGGGAUGAAGAGCAGAUAAGUACUCCUGAGAAAGCUGGAUUGUCAAAUUCAACCCCAUUAGAUAAGCUAGAAGAUGUAAAUGAGCCUCAGAUGCAAGAAUCCAAACGCGGCAAGAAAAAUCGCAGAAAGAAGCCAAGGAAGAUGCAGGAAUGGUGGAAAGAAGAGCAUCUUAGUGAAAUCAGCAAUAAGGGUAGCAAGAUUAAGAAUUUCAAAACCAAGUGGAAGAAAGGAUUUAAGAUUGUUCAUAUUGAUCUGGGUAAAAGGCUUCUCUUUCGGAGACGAAAUGUAUUCGGGGAACAGAAUCAAAAUGAUUGUGAUCAAAAUGGGGAGUUCAGUUUCAGAAGAGGUUGGAGGAGAAAGAAUGCACUUUCCACGGGAAGUGAUAUGUGUAGUGGAGAUCUUUUUAGCAGAGAGUUAAGUAGCACCACAAGCAUGAGAGGGACCUUGUGUUACGUUGCACCAGAAUAUGGUGGCUGUGGGUUCUUAAUUGAGAAGGCUGAUAUAUACAGUUUUGGGGUUUUGAUUCUUGUGAUUGUGUCUGGCAGACGGCCAUUGCAUGUUCUUGCCUCACCAAUGAAGCUCGAAAAGGCGAACUUGGUAAGCUGGUGCAGGCAAUUAGCUCAAACUGGGAACAUACUAGAACUUGUAGAUGAGAGAUUGAAGGAUGAGUAUGAUAAGGAGCAGACAAGCUUGUGCAUCAACUUGGCACUUGCUUGCUUGCAGAAAAUGCCAGAGUUGCGGCCCGAUAUUGGUGAUGUUGUUCGGAUUUUGAAAGGGGAGAUGGAUCUCCCAUCACUCCCAUUUGAGUUCUCUCCUUCUCCCCCAUCAAAAUUGUUGAGCAGGUCCAGGAGAAAACAGAAGGCUAAUGGAGACUAGGGUCUGCAACAUAUAUCAUUGAUUUUGCUUCUUUAAAUCAUGUGACAUUGGUUUUUUUUUUUCUCUCUUGAGUGUAACAUAGAUUGGAAGCUGAUACUGAGAAAAAAGAACUGAGUGUAUGUGGAAUAUGGGAUUAUGUUGAUGUAUGUAUAUUAGAAGACUGGUUUCUUGCUUUCUAUGCCCCUAACCAGCUGCAAAUAUUGAUGGAUCAGGUUCAUGUUGUGCU